GUUUUGUUUUCAAGGCCAUCAGUAUCUUAUGCCUUGGGCAUUCCUGCAUUAAAACUGAAUCAUGAUGUUAUGUGCAGGUUGGUGGCUGGAUAAUUCAAGUCACUUGAGAAAAGCAACAUGCUUGUUGUUGCUGUACAGGCGGAGAAAGAGGCUGGACCUGAGGAGCUGCAGCAGGAGCUGUUACCUAAAGCGGAAAACGAGUGAAAAGCCGUUUCCAUAUCUGGACCCUCUGUAGGCAGAGAGAAGGGAAAAGAUACCAUUAAAGAAUUGGCUUUUUUCUUUGAUAAAUUGGUUGAAGAGGAAUUAGCAACUGCUUGAAUGAUAUAGAAGAACUAUCGAGUCUCAAUAUUAAAGUCGUAAAGACAUGAAGUUCGAGGCAAUGUUAGCUGCAUUGGCAGUUUGUUUGUAUCAAUCAAUUGUUUAUGCCGAAGUACUUGAGCUCGGUGAAGAUGAGCAAGGGACGCCUGUUUGGAAAAAUGGGGAAUACAGAGAUAGAAAUGAAAUUCCUAUGCCUCCAAGUUAUGAUGAAGAGAAAAAGCACAAAAGAGCUACAUCCGAAGAAGAAGGAGUUGCACUGAAGACUCCAAAAACCAAAACAACUAAGAAAAACUUGAUCAAUAGAGUUCAUUUUGCUAUGCCAUUUGGUGUCGAUCUACCAAUUUACCAUGUCAGUAAAGGUGCAAACAAAAAAGGAAAGAAAAGUGAUGUUCCUGACGCGAACCGUGGCAGAUCCGAUCGUUUGAAUCUUGAAAAUAUGAAUGAAUAUGCUAAACUUGAUGUCCAGACGCCAUACAGAAAAUCUGACGUAUCAAAACAUUGGGGUAUGACAUAUGAGGACGUUUUUCAGGAUAAACCUAAAGAGACAACUGGAAGAUCGCGAUCAAACCUAGAAGCUGGAUACAAGAUAUCAGAGGAAGAUCUUGAUAAUGGUAUGAUGUUUCGAGGUCUUGGCGGAUUGAAACUCAGGGACCAGAAUCAUCAAAUAAUCGAAGGGAAAUUUGCAGAUGAAGAAGCUGACGAAGAAAUGAACGCUAGAUCUGACGUAUCUCAAAGUAUGUAAUUAUUUGGGUUUGAAUUAUCAUAAAUAGAGAGCCUUGCAUAAUUUAUUUUAUGUUAAGUUGUCACGAUCACAAAAUAAAUUGUUCCAUUAGAGGCUCAAUGACUGGCAUUCCUUUUGGAAUAGAAAAUGAUGGUAAAGAUGCCUAAUUUAUUAAUUGAAAAAGCCUAAUUUAUUAGAAAAGAAGCUUCGAUGGUAGGUUGAUUAUAAAUGCCAUCGCUGUAUGCUUUUAUUAAGCAAAGUUUUUAAGUAUUCAUAGAUGAUAAAUUAUUAUCAUAUUUUUUUCAAGAUAUUGUUAAAACAUGAAUAUUUUGAUACCCUUAACAACUGUA